CUAACGUCACGCCACCGGCGUGAACCGUGAACAUAACGGGCGCACUUACACUACUGAAGGAGGGCGGGUCCAUGCACCUGGCUGACCACUCAAAGUCGCGAUUUGACGCGGGUGGAAGUUGAAGGGGGAGACAAACGGCCAAAGGAACGAACGCACCGUUGUCGCAUUGGAUGUACGGAAUACGCAUGCCGACAUCUCAAGGCGCAUUGUGUACUGACCUUUUUGGCGACUUACAUCAUUUCGAGACGCGGCGACAGACCAGUCCAGAACUCCGCGAUUGCGAACGACUGCGAGGCUGCACGUCUCGAGGCCCGUUGAUCCUUGCAACCGCAAUUUGCGACACAGAUACCGCUGGGCUGACGCCUGAAGAUGGGCUUGGUGAUCUUGCAGAAUGCAACAACGACGAGAUGAAAUCCUCGCAAAGAGGGCCAAACUGGCGGAGCUCAAGCGGCAGAGGGAGCUGCGGGCAAGCCAGGCCACCGCCCGCCAGAGCAUAAGCCAAAGCGAGUUAAUAGCUCCGACACCAGGUCGGGCCGACAACCGACGCGAGAUCGAGUCCUUGAUCGACAGCCUCGUCCGCGAGAGCAGGCCAGUCUCCGUUCCGACCGGCGCCAACUCGCCCGCGCGGCUCGGCAGCAGACCAAACAGCGUUCUCAGCGCCGGAGAACUGAGCGUUGAGAACAAUUCCGAGUUCGCCGGCCCCGCAAACGGACAGGUCGUCACUCCGCAGCCGCAGAUCCUCUCUGCUGUACCCCUGAAGACCGUGUACGAGUGCCCUCCGUCGCCGGUAAAGGAGGUCUACUCGUACAGCAAAGGAGUGCAAACAACGGAGGAUUGGACGCUGCCCACGAAGUCACGCACCCUCUCUGAAUCGGAAAAUGAAGAGCCGCCGGUCACGGCCUCGCCGAACAAGCGGCUCAGCAGGAGGGAGCGGGACCGAGAGGAAGAACUACGGCAAAACAUAAGGAAAGAGAUUGAGGAAGAACUGAAGGCUGCGAAGGAGCUGCUUGUCGAUGGCGUGCUCAAGCCGUCGGCCGCGGCGAAUUUCCCCGCCCGGACGCUCACCGCCGAAGAGCUGAGCGCCGUUACGCACUCCGACGAGUUCAUGGACUUUAUUGACCGGUCGACCAAGGUCAUCGAGAAGGCACUGGACCAGGAAUAUGACAUCCUCACCGACUACACCCUCCAGGUACACGAUGUCGACGACGACGACGAGCAGAGCGGCAACACGGGAGGCAAGGGCCGGCGCAAGGUCAAGGAGAUCGCCCAAUUCUACGACGAGCGUUGGUCCAAGAAGCGCAUGGUCAGCGCCAUCGACUUCUCGCCCAAGUUCAGCGAGCUCCUUCUGGCGUCGUAUACCAAGAACCCCACAGCGCCACAUGAACCAGACGGCAUCGUGCAGGUCUGGAACCUCCACCUGCACGACCGGCCCGAAUUUGUCUUCCACGCGCAAUCCGACAUCCUCACGGCCAAAUUCUCUCCGUUUCACCCGAACCUGAUCAUCGGCGGCGCCUACAGCGGGCAGGUCCUGCUCUGGGACACCCGGGCGCGCUCGGCGCCAGUCCAGAAGACGCCGCUUACCGGGUCCGGCCACACGCAUCCGGUCUACUGCGUCGACAUCGUCGGCACCCAGAACGCCAACAACAUCAUCUCGUGCUCCACCGACGGUGCCGUCUGCGGCUGGAGCGUCGACAUGCUGGCGCAGCCGCAGGAGGCCAUGACCCUGCUCGCGCCGCCGCCCGCCAGGACCGAGGACCUGUCGCCGACGUGCAUGGCCUUCCCGCAGGCUGACCCCACCUUCUUCCUCGUCGGCUCCGAGGAGGGCACCAUCUACCCGUGCCACCGGUACGACCGCGCCGGCGCCAAGGCCGGCGUCGACGCCCGCGUCAGCUACCGCGGCCACGCCGCCCCCGUCAUGUCGGUCUCGUUCCACCCCGCCCGCGGGCCCGUCGACCUCGGCGACCUGGUCCUCUCCGCCAGCCUGGACUGGAGCGUCAAGCUGUGGAAGGUGCGCGCCCCGGCGGCCACGUCGGCCGUCGCCGCGAGCGGGACCAGCGCCAGCGGCGCGACCCUGGGCACGAGUCUGGGUGUCGUUGUCGGCGCCGGCGGUGGCGCCGCCGGCGGCGCAGGCCUCCUCGAGCCGGCCGUCACGCCGCUGCUGGACUUUGUCCGCGAGGAUGUCGUCUACGGCGCGGCCUGGUCGCCCGUCAAGCCCGGCGUGUUCGGGCUGGUGGACGGCGCCGGGUGGCUGGAGCUGUGGGACAUCACGGUCGAGACGGAGGAGCCGGUGGCGCGCAUCUCGCCCAGCCCGAGGAAGGACGGGCGCACGAUGCUGAGCAAGAGCCUGAAUAAGCUGGCGUGGGAGCCCGCCGAGGGCAAGAGGCUGGCCACGGGCGGCAUCGAUGGGGCGGUCACUGUGUUCGAGGUUGGCCCGGAUCUGGGCGGUAAGGAAGGGCUGAAGAACGAGGAGUGGACCAGCGUCAAGAAGCUCGUGAAUAGACUGGAGGCGGUGGGGGCUAAUGACGGCGCGGGCGUGUGAGACCUUCUUGCGUGGGCCGUCUCUGGAGUUGUAAGUCGGCAGUAAUGGGAGGGUUCAUGUACGGCUACUGUGUACGGAGAAGACUGAUAUGAAUACCGGGUGCGAACCAGCCAUCAGUGAUUACGAGUACCCCGUUGUCCAUCGAGCCAAGCUCCAAGGGGAGCAGCAGACCCUAACCCUUGCACGCAUACACGGAUUUUGUUUUAGUCCGUUCUUAACC